AGUUUUUACGAGGAUCAAUCUCGUCCUACAGAACUGGGUGAUGACCAAAGGCUGGAUUACUAGCAUCAGGGCAGAUACGGCUCUCUACUCAAACGCAUGAGUCUGUCAGCGCAUCUACAUUCACUUUUCGAAGAGGUUACGCUCUUUGCCUCGUGCAAGUCAUUGGGCUGCAGCGAUGUACUACAUAUUCUGUUCAGCUGCUUGUUAAUCAUUCAAUCUCUUCACAACCAAUGUGCCUUUUUAGUCGUAUUUUUGGAGAUCCUACUGGUAGCUGACACCUUGCAAUCGCCCACACUGUUACCAAGCCUCUACAUGUGCUGCAUGGCCGCCAUCGGAAUGACCAUCUGUGAGUGGAUUUUAAUCCGCAUUAUGUUGUUGUUGUUGACAAUUACGACGAGAACACUCUUUGUCGUUGAAUGGGCUUAUGUCUGGAAAAGUAAAGUGUUGUUUGGGUCACAGAUAGAUACAGCCAAGCCGCGCAGUCAUUCCGGGAUUCGGCAAUGCGCUAGUGUCAUGCGCCACACAGCCACGCCAGCUCAUUCCAAGUUUCCAACCUCAUUUCACACCUGUGCACAUGCAUCAGCACAACGUUAGAUGGGAUCGGAUGCUCUAUCGAAGUUGACCAAGGCCGGCGAGAGCGCCUGGAAGUCGUUCCAGCAAAGAUGGUACGGUCCGAACAUCCGAGCACGGUCACGUGCAUCAUACUGACUGCACACACUGUAGGCUGGAAAGGAAAAGGGGCCAACCUGAUGCGCAAUUGGCAGAAGCCAUUCGUCA